GGCCGGGCGCUGACGUCACCCCUCUCUUGCCCUUACCUGCUGCUCGCUCCUUCGGCGCUGCCGAGUCCCGAGGCAGCCUCGACUGCCUCCCGCGCGGCAGCAGCAGCAGCAGCAGCAGCAGCAGUACCGGCGGCAGAAGCAGCGGCUCAGCGCUGAGCUUCGCGCUAAUCGCUUGCAAAGGCUCUCCGCUCGCGCCUCCGCUCGCCUGUCGCCGCGAUGUCGCUCCUGGUGGAGACGGUGGGUUUCUUCCUUGGCACCGUCGGGUGGGCUCUCUUGGCCGUCACCCUCUUCAACAGCUACUGGAGGGUCUCCAGCGUCUCGGGCAAUGUCAUCACCACCUCCACCAUCUUCGAGAACCUGUGGCAGAGCUGCGCCACCGACUCCACCGGAGUCUACAACUGCUGGGAGUUCCAGUCGCUGCUCGAACUGCCCGCAUACCUGCAAGCUUCGCGGGCCCUCAUGAUUACCGCGUUGGUCCUGGGCUUCUUAGCGAUUGUGACCAGCAUGUUGGGCUUACAGUGCACCAAAGUAGCCGAAAACAACCCCGAUGCGAAAGCCAAGUUGGCGGUCUUCGGAGGCAGCUUGUUCAUCCUGGCUGGUCUCUGCGGGAUGGUGACCGUUUCAUGGUACGCCUUCAAUAUCACCCGGGAUUUUUUUAACCCACUCUUUGUUGGGACAAAAUACGAAAUUGGGCCUGCCCUGUAUUUAGGCUGGAGUUCUUCCUUGCUAGUGAUCAUCGGAGGCUGUUUUCUGUUCAGUUCCUGUCGGACCAACUCAUCCCAGGACAACAGCUACACAUAUCCUUACAAAGCCCCGAAAGGCGGCACGUCGGCUCACAACCCCUCAGUCUCUCGUCCCCGCAGAGAGUCCAAUGCUAGCAGUAACGGCCAGUAUGGUAAGAACGCCUAUGUUUAACCUGAGAGAUGGUGGAUCAGGACCAUUCCCAUCGUUUUUGGAUGCUUCCCUGCGAAACCCAGAAGGCCACAAAGACUCUUCCAAAAAACACCCGUACCAAGGGAGAACUUUUUUAAAAAUCCUUCGGUUUGGACUUUCUUACAUCGUGAGGAUGACCCUGAAUCUAGAGAUGGACAGAAGGCAUGUUUCCGGAUCUGAUCCUGGCCAAUGCCACAUUGGGCAAAUUUAUUUAUUGCCGAAAAGUGCAUAACAGACUUUUAAUACACAUCUAUAUAUGUAUCUGUAUAGGUAUUCAGCAAGAAUGGAGAUUGCUUCUCAGAUUUUUUGAUGCCGGUUGUUCAGAAGAAUCGAUGUGGCCAAUGAGAGGGACUGAAACUCAAGAUAAA